AUGCGAUCUCCCAGACUUGGGACUUUUGCUGGUGGACAUCCCGGUGAAGCUCGAAUUGACGCUCAUGCCUUCCAAGACUGCGAUCUGGUGGCCGAAGUGGUCAUCCCGAAUGAGUUGUGGACGCACGUUGGAUUCGGUGCCUUUGGGAGUUGCACGUCUUUGACGAAGUUGAAGAUUCCGGACUCUGUGAUGGAGAUUGGGGAGGGCUCUGUUACCCACAUUGGGCGUUGUGCCUUUGAUGGUUGCAAUGCUUUGGUGAACUUGACCAUACCGAACUCUGUGACGUACAUUGGGGAUACUGCAUUUGGGAAUUGCAGUUCUUUGUUGAACUUGACCAUCCCGGACUCAGUGACCCACAUUGCAGAUCGUGUCUUUGUCCUUAGCAAGCUUGACCAUCCCAAGGUAGGCAUUGGAGGCCCUGAAGAGGUGAAUCAGAACGGCCUGGUGAGCUUUCUUUGCAGGUUGCCCAGGCCGCAGAGGCGCCCGGGCGCGAUCACGGUGAUCACGGUGGAGGGUGGUGAGCACGUGGUUCAACGCUUUGGUGACUCGUCGAAGGCCGAGAUCUGCCCUGCUCAGCAAGUCUACCACUGGAUCCUAAACUGA